UCUUGACAGUUAAAUGCCACCUACCAGCAAAUAUCAGAAAUUAGAAUUGUUUGUUUUCGACUAAAUUACGUGAUACCGCUUCAGUCACGUUCGUCACUCGGCAACAUGGACGCGCGCACACGGGACGAGGCAAGCGGUGGAAUCGUCGAUCGCGGGGCUGCCGCUUUCUCUAGCAGUUGAAGCGGUGGUCGCGUUGCGGCCACGGAGCGGACGUUGUGUUUGUAUCUACAACAAAGUAAAUACAUGAGAAUUAUUCUGUUGGGGAAGAAUGUGUCUGAAAACAGUGAUGUGGGAAACUUCAUAUUAGGACGAGCAGCGUUUGACAGUGAAGCUCCUCCAGAUGUUGUAGAGAGAGUCUCAGGAAGACUGAAGGACAGACACGUGAUCAUCAUCAACAGUCCUCAGCUGCUCCAGACCAACAUCUCAGAUCAUCAGAUCACACAGACAGUGAGAGAGUGUGUCCAUCUGUCUGAUCCAGGACCUCAUGUCUUCAUACUCGUACUGCAGCACAAACACUUCACUGAGGACGACCUGAGAAGAGUCAAACACCUGCUGAAAGAAUUCAGUGAAGAUGCCAUUAAACGCACGAUAGUGAUCACCACUGAUGAACAGACACACAGAGCUGAAGUUAAUGAAUCUAUUCAGCAGUUAACAGCAGAGUGUGGAGGAGGACAUGUUCACGUUAAGGAUCAAACAAAUAUCUGCUCUCAGAUUUCAGAAAGAGUAACGAAUAUACUGAAGGGAAAUUAUUGUAAGAGAGUAAAAGAAACACCAAAGAUUGGCUCAUCAGAGGACACAGGAGACAGCAGAGCUGUGGAUUCUGAUCUCUCAGAGGAUGAAAAUGUUGAUAGGAGCCAUAAAGUGGAAAAAAAAGAAAGAAGCACAUCCAGUUUACCACAGACCCCAAACCCUUGUAAGUCUGUUUUUUAUGCAUUAAAUACAGCACACCCCAAAACAUAAUUGAGCAGUUAAGGCACACUUGCAUGUAUAUUUGAAGAGCUCUUUUCCAAAACGCGAUAUACAGAUUUUUUUACAAAAUUAAGUUCCUGCCAAAAUCAGUAUUGUAUCUAGUCUGUACUGAAAAGGCAGUUUUUAAUUUUACGCAAAAUGCGAUAUCCGCCGUGUUACGCGGUCAUGUUUUCUCCCUUUUUUCGAGACGGGGGGUAUCUGCAGCCUGGAGCAGUGGGUGUGCCGAAAGGUCUUUACAAUUGGUUGCGAGUUUCCUGUUUAAUAUAAAGGCAGGCUGUUAUCUUAAACGCUAUUAACCCCUUUAAUCUGUUUAAAUAACAAUUCCAACACAAUUCUAUAAACCCAAAUCCCAUUCUUUCACUGUAAAAACAGUGAUCAUGAUAUUAAAAAAAUAUUACUUUCGAAUGUACCUUCAGAAUUUCAUUCUGAAUGGCCGCAGGUUACUGACGUCUUCACCACCGCGUCUUUGCAAAGGUCUUAUAGUGCAUCCAUUAUCAAAAUAAUUAAUUAAAAACAAAUUAUAACUUAUUUUAUGUAUAUGGGAACUCACAAGCUGUUCAUAAGUUUGAAAAUAUCUUUUAGUGAUAUUACCAUUGUAUUGAUUACACAGGAUAGAAAAAAAUGUUAUAGAAUCAGUAAUUUCUACUGUUAUGAACCAUGCUUUACAGUUUUUCUGUACUUUUGUUAAAAGUGCAUGGAAACUAAAAAUGUUUUGCCUGAUAAGGACAAACAUAUGGUUGAUAUAACACAACAAUAACAAUAAUAAUAAUAAUAAUAAUAAUAAGAAGAAGAAGAAGAAGAAGAAGAAGAAGAGCCAAUAGAAUAAGUACUGUUUAAUAACCGUCUGUUAAGUUGCAUUAACCAGUUUGGCAAAUGACACAAUUUUAGCUAAUAAAACUUUCAGUUUUAGCUUGUCAACACAAUUUUUUUUUUUCUUUUUUUUUUUUUUUUUUUUGGUCUACACUAAAUAAAUAAAUAAAUAAAUAAAUAAAUAAAUAAUCACACCCAAAUUCAUUAAUACAUCAGUUUAUUCAUCCAUGCUGUAGUAGCAGUCCAUAGAACAGAAGCCAAACACUCUGUCAGAAUAAAACGCUGUGAAAACCCCCUUUUUUUCUGAUGCCACAGUAUCCAGUAUCCUUCUUCAUACACAACAUCCAGACCAAUCUGUUUUAGCAGGUCUGAUGGUAGCUGGAUCAAAGAAAAAAACAUAUACCCCUGGUUUCACAGACAAGGCUUAAGCCUGAAACCUUAAAACUAAAAUGUAAGUCUGAGCUGCUUCAACUGAAAGAAAUUUGAUUUAAAAAAAAAUAUAUCAGUGCCUUUGUUUUGUCUCAAGAUGCACACCAGUAAUGUGUUUUUUGACACAUAAAAAAAAAGAAAAAGAUCACUUAAAUGUCCUAAUUGAACUAUGGCCUAAUCCUGGUUUAGUCUAAGCCCUGUCUGUGAACCUAGACCAUAAAAUGAUAGAUGACAUAACCAUUUUACAUUAAAAUUUACAACAAAACCUUUAAUCUUUAUUUAAGUUUAUUUGCCUGUUGGUAAGCACAGUGCAGUGUUAAUGGUCAAACUGUAUAUUUACAAUGUUAAAGUGGCUGACAACAAUAAAUAUUCUUAUUAGGAAAAAAAAAACAGCCUCAUUUUUUAACUGUGCAGAGCUGUAGCUGAAUAGGUAGGCCUACUAUGCUACUGUAUUUUAAUGUGUCUUUAAGGAAAGAAAAGCCAAAGACGUAACGUGUGGCCAAGUAUGGAGAUCCAUACUCUGAAUUUGUGCUCUGCAUGUAACCCAUCCAUGUGCGCACAGCAGUGAGUCGUGAACACACACCCAGAGCAGUGGGCAGGUGUUUUUUUUUUUUUGUUUUGUUUUUUUUUGCUGCAGUGCCCGGGGAGCAGUUGGGGGUUCAGUGCUCAAGGGUCUCACCUUAGUCGUGGUUUUGAAGGUGGAAGAGAGCACUGUACAUUCACUCCCUCCACCUACUAUCCCUGCUGGUACCGAUACUCAAACCUGUGAUCUUUGGGUUAUAAGUCUGAUUCUGUAACAAUUAGGCCAUGAUUGCACAAACCUUCAACUUUUUUUGUGAUUUGAAGGAGACCUGAAAAAAAAAAAAAGAAAGAGAUUGAGAGAGACUUACAAAAAAGUGCUAAAUGUUAUCACUUUAAGUUUAUAUAAUUUAAUAGAACUGAUGUGAUUGUCAGUGCAAAUUUCAUAUAAACUCACCAUGAGCACAAAGAUUCAGGUUAAUGGAGAACCCCUGCACUGGAAUGCCCUGGGUAAUGUUCGCAGGCAAGCAAUAAAUAAAUAAAUACAAUGUAAUUGAAUGAUAUGCCAAAUAAUAUGUGAUGAAUCAAAAACUUACUGGAAGAUCUUUACAAGAUAACUCAGUCCAAUGUCCAGGAAAAAUGGUCUGAGCAACUCCUAUUAAAUGUACCCAAAAACACAAAGGUCAGCAGCAUUAGGCAACUGUAAAUGAAUCUUAAGUAGUAACAGUACUACAGUACGUGUUUUAAGGGAAAGAGUUUUACAUUGUCUCUGUUAUUAAAAUUAUUAUGAAUAUUAUAUUUAAAUAUGCAUAUCACAUUUAAAUUUUCAACUUCAGAAAUGACAACAUAUCAUUUAAUACACUUCAGACAAAAAAAUAAAUGAAAAAGAAAAACACUGAAUGAUUUAGAACAGAACCACCACACAGCAGUUGAGAACAUUUGAAAAAUAACUGGUUGAAAAAUUCAACUGGUACUUCUGAACAUAACUACUGAACUUGUACACCUGUACAUCUGUACACUUGACUGUAUCUGCCAUCUGCAUUUUUUUUUACAGAAAAAAAAAAAAAACACACACACACUGAAUCAUCAAAAUAUUUCAAUUAUGACUUCACAAACCAUCCAGUGUGACUUGCUCCAUGAUGGAAACAGAAUGCAGUCUUUUGCAGAAACAUCAACCUGUCAUAAAAAUAUAAUACAAACAACAGUAAAAUUGUGCACAAUGUAUAUUUUGUAAGAAAUGUAUCUACAAAAUGUGUUACAACUUGAUAAUAUUAUUAGCAGAAACAGUAUAUAUUACAAAUGUAUUUUAAUAUUAUUUUUAUUACUAUUUACAUACUCCUCUCUCAUAUAUUGUAAGGCUGUGCAAAAUGUUUGCACUACACAUUCUAUAUGUAUUUAUACAUUUCUCUCUGUUUUUGUAUAUUUAUUUUUGUUGUAGUUGUUAUGUUUGUUGUUUGCCUCUAUUUUCUGUUAUGUCUUCUGUCAUGUUUUUGAAUUUGUCACAUUGGUCAAUAAAAAAAUCUAUAACUGCAGAACAACAGACACAAUUACAAAUAGUAAAAUAAACAAAGCAAACCAUGUUUGACGUAAGUAUCAU